UUGCUAUUUAACUCCUAAAAGUUAGAUCUGCGAGACGAGAGUUCAAAAUGAAUUCUACCAACUAGGAAACGUGGUAAAAACAUUUUUUUAUUAGUUUCUUGUGGAGUGGCAUCUGCAGUCUGGUUGUUGACAAUUUCCCCAAAAUGCUCGUGCUUUAGUCUCUGUCUCAGUUAAUUAACACUCGCUUUUGCAUUUGACAUUUCAAAGGUUUUUAAUUAGCUCCCCGAUCGCAGCGGGAGUGACUGCAAUCAAUCAUAACAAUCAUAACAGCAAUCAUGGAGACUAAUCGAGAAGAUGGAGCGCUCACUUCUGCCUCUCUAACCGCAGAGAGUUUAUUCACGCACUCUCACGCAGACAGACAGCCCUGUAUUAUUUAUGAAAGCACGUCUCUUCUCAUAUAGAUGAGGAUCAUCAGACAAUCAAGUAUGGAUACGAAUCAGCAGACAUUCAGAUGAUGAAAUAUGACACACCCUCAAUCCUUCAGGCAUUAAUUGUAAGACUACAAAAUGACUUCCCAACUGCAAAGCGCGAUGGAGGGCCUCAUCUCAGUGUUCCACUCCUAUUCUGGAAAAGAAGGGGACAAGUACAAGCUGAGCAAAGCGGAGCUGAAGAACCUGUUAAACGGGGAACUUGCCGAUUUCAUAGCAGCCAGCAAGGACCCCGGUGUGGUUGAUGCGAUUUUGGCCGACCUGGAUGAGAACAAGGACGGUCAAGUGGACUUCCAGGAGUUUGUCGUUCUGGUCGCUGCACUGACCGUCGCCUGCAACGAGUUCUUCGUAGGCUGCCACGAGAGCAAGGUGGAAAAGGAGCAGCCCGGUUCUAAGAAAGUCUAAUAUUUCUAUACAUUUAAGUCAUUUUUAGGGAUUCGGCUUAAUCGCAGCACCUUGUAAUCACUCUGAAGAUAAUUUGGUGCAAACGACCUCUUUUUGUCCUUCAAGUCUUCCAUCUCAAUAAAGAUGUCAUCCUGUU